UCUGAAUAAAGCUGCGAAAUGUGAUCACUCGACUGGUUCAUGUGGAGGAGGGUGUGAGGGAUCCUGGGAAGGAGAAGACUGUACAGAGACUGACUCUGGGAACGAUAUUUUACUCAUUGCCGGCAUUGUUGUUGCUGUUGUUGUCGUGAUCAUCGUGGUCGUCAUCGUGGUGGUGUUUGUCAGAUGGAGGAGGCGAAUGCGGAAAGAUAAUUCCCACGAAACACUUGUUUUGGGAAGACCUUCAAGAAACACGGACAAACCUCACGAAGUGGGAGAAUCAAACGUCUAUGUCAAUGUUGGCAUGACGUUGACGUUGAAGGAACAACCCAUACCUCAUCAACCAGACCAUGCCCCCGUGGUUGCUAUGCAGCAAACAGUAAAGGCUGAUAAUGAAAAAGGAAAUGGAGAUAACAUGGACAAAGCCAAGGGAGGUAACACAUACUGUAACGUGAAGAUUAGCGACCAAGAUGAUGACGAUAUUACUGAUGCCGUAGCCAUUAUAGAAGCAGACGAUAAGGGUGAUGAAGAUCAGACAGGAAAUGACGUUGAUGAACAUGAUGCCUAUUAUAAUAAGACGACCAGUCUACCGAAAAGAGGGUUUGACAUGACGGAGCUUGAAACUGUAAUUCAUCGAAUCAGGAACCAACGCGGAGGAUUUGAAACAGAGUUCUUGAAACUACCCAGUGGAUUUAAACAUCCCUAUACAGAGUCACAGAAAUCCCAACAUAAAAGAAAGAACAGAUUUGUUGGCUACUACCCGUAUGACAACAACCGCGUAGUUUUGUCCAAACUACCCAACUACCCUGAUUCUGACUACAUCAACGCAAGUCACGUGGACGUGAGUAUAUAAUUAGCACAUACAGUGAAACCCGUCUAUAACUGUCAUCCAAAUUGUCCACGUACUGUGCAUUCAUGAACAGGCAACAUUUAU